UCAAUAUGAGGGGUUUAUAUGUAAUUAUACCUAACUUAAAAGGAGGUGGAUGUAAAUAUACAAUAUUUGAUCAAGGGCAAACUGAAAUUUUAGAAAAGUCAAAUGGGUCAAAUAUUGGCUAAUACCGAACCUCAAGAGAGGUAUGUAUAGUUAUUUAAAUAAAGGGGGUCUGAUCUAUAAUUAUACCAAACCUCAGGGAGGUAGAUGUAAUGUAACCCAUAUCUAAAAGUGGAUACCAUAUAAUCGGGUCGGAUCCAAACAGACUGGGUGGAGCCUCGAAGAGAAAGCAUCCAGAUUUCAGAUCUUUGCGUCUCACCGUAAAUUAUUGUAGUCCAUAGUCCAUUCUGAAGAAGACGGGGAAAAUGGAGUACAGAAGAAUUAAGGAUCAGGAUAAAGAUGAGGACGCACUUAAAGAUGAUGUUGAGAGCCUACGAGGGAAUUCCCAUUCAGGCUCUCCCAAAAACGUGAUUCCUUUAGGAGGCAUCUCUGUUGACCGUUCUAAGUGGAAGCGCAAGUCCAUUGUAACACUUGCAUUGACGAUUCUUACAAGUUCACAAGCCAUUCUUAUUGUCUGGUCAAAGAGGGCUGGCAAGUACGAGUACAGCGUUACAACUGCUAAUUUUUUGGUAGAGGCUUUGAAAUGUGCUCUAUCACUUGCAGCCCUGACAAGGAUAUGGAGGAUUGAAGGUGUUACUGAGGAUAACAGGUUGACUACCACAUGGGAUGAAGUUAGUGUAUACCCUAUUCCUGCUGCUCUAUACCUCGUCAAGAAUUUACUUCAAUAUUACAUCUUUGCAUAUGUAGAUGCUCCAGGUUACCAAAUACUAAAGAACUUAAACAUUAUUAGCACCGGUGUGUUGUACCGUAUCAUUCUAAAGAAAAAGCUGAGUGAAAUUCAGUGGAUAGCUUUCAUUUUACUAUGUGCAGGGUGCACCACGGCACAACUUAACUCCAAUUCCGAUCGAGUGUUGCAAACACCUCUUCAAGGUUGGCUGAUGGCAAUUAUCAUGGCUCUUCUUAGUGGUUUUGCUGGAGUCUACACGGAGGCCAUAAUUAAAAAGAGGCCUUCAAGGAACAUUAAUGUCCAGAACUUCUGGUUGUAUGUAUUUGGGAUGGCUUUCAAUGCUAUUGCGAUACUCGUUCAGGAUUUCGAUGCUGUGAUGAACAAGGGAUUCUUUAAUGGAUAUUCGUUAAUUACAGUUCUCAUGAUUUUAAACCAUGCUCUGAGUGGCAUUGCUGUAUCAAUGGUCAUGAAAUAUGCUGACAACAUAGUGAAGGUAUACUCUACAUCCGUUGCAAUGCUGUUGACGGCAGUUGUGUCUGUUUUCCUAUUCAGAUUUCAUCUUUCCCUUGCCUUCUUUCUUGGGUCCACCGUUGUUUCAAUCUCAGUAUAUCUGCAUAGCAUCGGGAAGCUCCAAAGAUAGUGAUUUGCGAUUUUUCAGCUUAUGAGAAUGUACAACUGUCCAUGCAGAAGUUCUUGUAGGUUGUGGUACAUCCUCGGAUUGCAAGAGUACAGAGCUUUGAGGACCAGAGAGAAUAUAGCGGAAACUAUUAUUGGUGUUCUAUCCAUAUGAUUUUUCUCUACUAAUCAUUGGUGAGGUAUCCAUCCAAUUCUGCAGCUGAAGAACUUUAAUGAAGCAGACAAGGGCAUUGAAUAUGCAUCCUAUAGUCCUGUACACUUAUGAGGGAUGUAACUUUCGCUUGUAUGAAGAAGAUAACAGUAGAGUUAUUUUGAUAUUAACUCAAUUGCAUUAUUAUGCCCUUCUACCAUGUGUUGAUCAAUAACUAGAUUGGAUCCUGAGCUGAAAAAGUGGACAUUACUCU